GGAAGUGACGUAACACACAGGCGCCUCGCUGCCGAGCUUUUUUUCCUGUUUAGUACGAAGUGUCCAUGUGAAGUUUGUGCACCUUUCUCCCACUGGCCCUGGCCCUGGCCGGGGAGGUGGUUCUGGGGCAGCUGAAGCUUUGCCGUUCCUUUCUACGGGGCGUGGGGAAGUGAAGAUGUCUGACACAUGGAGCUCUAUCCAGGCUCACAAGAAGCAGCUGGACUCGCUGCGGGAGAGGCUGCAGCGGCGGCGGAAGCAGGACUCGGGGCACAUCGAUCCUCGGAACCCAGAGGCAGUGCUGUCUCCAACUUUUCGCAGUGACAGUCCAGUGCCCAUGACACCCACCUCAGGUGGCCCUAAACCAAGCACUGCUUCAGGAACUCCAGAGCUUGCCACAGACCCUGAGCUGGAAAAGAAGUUAUUACACCACCUCUCAGACUUGGCGCUGACACUGCCCACUGAUGCUGUGUCCAUCCGCCUUGCCAUCUCUACGCCAGAUGCCCCUGCAACACAAGAUGGGGUGGAAAGCCUUCUACAGAAGUUUGCAGCACAAGAGUUGAUUGAAGUAAAACGAGGCCUUCUCCAAGAUGAUGCCCAUCCUACACUGGUAACCUAUGCUGACCAUUCCAAGCUCUCAGCCAUGAUGGGGGCUGUGGCAGAGAAGAAGGGCCUUGGGGAAGUAGCAGGGGCCAGCACAGGGCAGAAGCGGCGGGCAGAACAAGACCCCACCACAACUACUACAUUUACCAGCUCCUCAGCCUCUGGUCUGACCUCUUCAACUUCAGAGCCAGCCAAAGAGCCAGCCAAGAAAUCACGGAAACAUGCUGCUUCCGACGUAGAUCUGGAAAUUGAGAGUCUCUUGAAUCAACAGUCUACCAAGGAGCAACAGAGCAAGAAGGUGAGUCAGGAGAUCUUGGAGCUGCUAAAUACCACAACAGCCAAGGAACAGUCCAUUGUGGAGAAGUUCCGCUCACGAGGAAGGGCCCAGGUACAAGAGUUCUGUGACUAUGGCACCAAAGAGGAAUGCAUGAAGGCCAGUGAUGCUGACCGACCCUGCCGCAAGUUACAUUUCAGGCGAAUCAUUAAUAAACAUACAGAUGAAUCAUUAGGUGACUGCUCAUUCCUCAACACCUGCUUCCAUAUGGACACUUGCAAGUAUGUACAUUAUGAGAUUGAUGCCUGCAUAGAUGCUGAAGCCCCUGGCAGCUCAGACCACCCCCCUAGCCAGGAAUUGGCCCUUACACAAGGUGUUGGUGCUGAUUCCAGUGUGGAUCGACUCUUCCCACCACAGUGGAUCUGUUGUGAUAUCCGCUACUUGGAUGUGAGCAUCUUGGGGAAGUUCGCAGUGGUAAUGGCUGACCCACCCUGGGAUAUUCACAUGGAGUUGCCAUAUGGUACCCUAACAGAUGAUGAGAUGCGGAGGCUCAACAUCCCAGUGCUUCAGGAUGAUGGCUUUCUCUUUCUCUGGGUCACAGGAAGAGCCAUGGAAUUGGGCAGAGAAUGUCUGAACCUUUGGGGAUAUGAACGUGUAGAUGAGAUCAUCUGGGUAAAGACAAAUCAAUUGCAACGAAUCAUCCGGACAGGGCGAACUGGCCACUGGCUAAACCAUGGGAAGGAACAUUGUUUGGUUGGUGUCAAGGGAAAUCCUCAAGGCUUCAACCGGGGCCUAGACUGUGAAGUGAUUGUAGCUGAGGUUCGCUCUACAAGCCACAAGCCAGAUGAAAUAUAUGGAAUGAUAGAGAGGUUAUCCCCUGGGACCCGCAAAAUUGAGUUAUUUGGACGACCACACAAUGUACAGCCCAACUGGAUCACCCUUGGGAACCAACUUGAUGGAAUUCACCUGCUUGACCCAGAUGUGGUUGCCAGGUUCAAGCAACGGUAUCCUGAUGGCAUUAUCUCCAAACCUAAGAACAUGUAGAAGUACUUCUUUCCUGGAUAGCUAAGCAGCCAUAGAGAUGCCUGCUGUAAUUACUGCCCUGGACCUGAACAGACUUCUUUUUGGGGUGGGAGGGUUGGGGGAGAGGAGUGGGGAUGACUUUUUAAAUAAAAUAGGACCAUCAAAUUCUAUGUAUGGGCUACAGCCAUAAUUAGUAGCUAUUAGUACAUAUAGUAUAUAGAAAGGGGAAGAGAAACUAAUCUCUGAACUGUUUACUCUAAAGCAAAUACCAGCUUUUGCUAUUCUUCAUCAACUAAUAGGUACUUUUUUCUUUUCAGAAUUGCAACAAGUGAAAACGUACCACUGGAUUACUUAACCUGGCCUUAUUUAGAGGACCAAGAACAGUUUAGGGUAUGCAGGGCUGGUCUACCCUCUAACUUAAAUAAGAAUCUCCUCCCUUGGAAACACUUGUAGAUAAGCACUUUGUCAAACACUAGUGCUUACAGCCUCUAUCUAACAAGUAGAGACAUUUUACUAGAGGAAGGCAUCACUCUGACCUAUUUUAACCUGAGGUAACAAAUCAGGUAAGGAGAGGUUGCAAAAAAAAAUGCUGAAAAUACUUUGUUUACAAAUCAUAAGAGAAAGAAAUGAAUGUAUAGAGACCAUAGAGCCAUGUUUCUUCUCUAAAACAUGAAAACCAGUACAACUGUAAACAUGUUUUUCUCUGAGGUUCAGAGCUGUGUAUUUUCUCUAUCAUUUUAAUUAUCUUUCAAGCAAGUCCUUUGAAAAUUAUACCAACAAUUUUUUUCUUAAAAAGAAUCAAACAAUUCCCCUACCCCCACAUCCCCAUGUCUGUCUCAGCCACUCCCCUAACUCCUCUGCUGUCAUCAUUGGGCCCUCUGCUUAUACUUCAAUGUAUAAAGCAGCCCCAGAUUUCAGCAAACAUGGUGGCCCUCCUCCAAAGCUUGGCCCCUAUCCAAGAAAAGAAAAAGGAAGAAGCACGGAGGGCCAUUAUUGACUGGAAUCAGGCAUCACCAGAAGCCCAGCUUGUGUUUCACAUACAGGCUGAUAAGUUUUCACUGGCUUGGGCAAUGGGACGGACUAUUUCACAAAUACCACUGUACUUGAGUUUCUGGAAGCCACCCAGGCCAGGAAUACAUCCCUAAAAAGGGGAGAAAGAGAAAACAAACAAACCCAGAAUUACAUUACAGAUUCUCUUAAAUUUUACCAUGCCAUAAGAUCCCAAGUAAUUCCCCCAACAGUGUGAGCCUCAAUGAAGAUGCCCAACAAAUAUAGAGAAUAGGCUUAAAAAUUAAGAGUAAAAAGCCCAGAAAUACUAUUCCCAUUCUGCCAUACCAAAGAAGGUUUGAGAGGCACAAAACUAAGCCUAAUUAUUUGUGAAGUACACAGAGUAAUCUUGGUACUUCUACCUCCCUGAUGUAAGCGAGUAUGAAUUUACUAAAAUUUUUUUACAGCUAAAGUGGUAGUUCAAAGAAGGAAGUCGUGUAUAAGAUCUGCUCCUGAUAUUCUCAUUGUAAACGGGCUUGUGCAUGAGCUCAAUAAGCAGCCAAUUUGCUAGAAAUUGAGGCUGACUAUUUGUUUCAACCUCUGAUAUAAUGGAAAUAACAUUAGCUGUGAAGUCAAACAGUCUGUGUUCAAAUUUUCCUUCCAGCUUGCUUAUUACUACCUGUGUAAUGUGUUACUUGUAAAAAUAGACUUGAAAACAUUUUAAAUCUUAAAUAAUGAAUCAAUAAUAGUGACAUUCCUGACAAUGUAAGGAAAAAUAUGAUGAAAAACAACCUGUAACUUAAGGUUAGCCUGGUAUAGCUAUUGGCCUAUACUCAUCUAUGAGUAUUUGAUCCUGAGAUAAUGGAAUUUAUAAUCUAGACCUUGAAAACUCAGCCACCUCAUUUCUGUAUGGCUUCUGGUUUGAACCAGACCAGAUAAGCCUUGUGAACUCCCUAAGAAGUAAAAAGGACCUGAAUAGCUAUUAUACUCACCUGCAAUGCUUCACUACACACUCAUUGCUGCAGUAUUCAUUGUCCCAGUCCUUACUCACAACUGGAGGAUUCUCACAGCCUGACCUCACACAUCGUGGCUGAGGGGAAAGUGUCACAGGAGACCCAGUCACCAGUUCAACAUCCAUCUGAGAAGGAGAUUCAACCUAUAAGAGGAAGAUAGCCUUAUUAACCUAACCCUACCUUGGUACUGGGUAUAGGAUCUUGUACUAAAGGCCUAAAGAUUCGGGCUUUUGUAAAUACUACCUUUGCCAUUUAAAGGUUCAGAUAAUAUCAAAGUAUAACACACUAACAACUUAAUUUGUAAACAAAGUAUUAAGUGGAGAUUCCUAAUUUAGCUUCUCUUAUCCAUACACAUCCCUUUUAGUCUUGUAAAACCUCUAUUCUUGUAGUUACUACUUUUGAAGAAAUCAGAACAAAAGGAAGACUAGGAAAUAGUCUUCCUCAAGUAAAAUAGGUAGUAGUUCAGGGAAGUCAAGCUACAAAUCCUUUAAAAGGAAGGAGUUAAAUAUAAAAUUUGUUUCUGAAACUUUUUCUAAGCUUGUUGCUAAAUCACACAAUUGCUAGCAAGUUAUUUUGCUAGGAAUUAGGACUAUUUGUUUUAGCCUCUAGCACAAUGGAAAGAACACUGGCUUUAUUAAAAGGACCUGUGUUCAAAUUCCUCAUCAUGCCCACUAUGUGACCUUCCUGGACCUCAGGUUCCUCAUCUAUAAAAUGAGGCAGUUCUGGAUAACCUUUGAGACCUCAAGUUCCACAACUAUAAUCCUAUGAUAAGUUCUGAGUUCAAAGUGAGACUUUUUCCAUGGAAAAGGUAGGAUAAUAUUCUUGGAGAAGAGGAAUCAACAUGCCUGUGGUCCCUGCAAAAAUUACUAGCCUUUCAACUGAAUGAAUAGCAAGUUCAAGCUUAACUGAUACUUUCCUUCAGGAGGGACAUGGUACACUCACUCCUUCUUACCAAGAGAACUUUUAGAGAAGGCAUUCUUACCUCAGGUACAACAUCUGUGAUCAUUUCAAUUGGCUCAGGAGAAGUUUCCUCCACUGCAUGGGGCUCAGGGCUGGUGGUAACUGGCUGUUCUGGGCUAUUCUCCAGAGCAGGUGGGACUGAGGCCGGUUGAAUAUGCAAUGUAGGUGGAGGAACAAUCUUGAUCUGCAGAGGAGGUGGCUGUUGGAGACUAAGACGAACCUUUUGCUGUGGGGGCUGCUGCAUGGCUUGGAGUGGAGGAGGCUGCUGCAGAAUGGUUACUUGUUGCUGACUAGGUGGUUGAGGCAUCUGUUGCAAUGGAGGGGGCUGCAGUCGAGGUGGAGGCAACUGCAUAGAAGCAGCAGCUGCUGCUGCUGCCUGCAAUACAGAUCGAGUAACAAUCUUGGCUUGUUGGCUCUGAUCAAUGGUAGAUGUGCUGGUAGCUGCCUGAAUUUGGCUUAACUGAAGCCCCUGGGAAGUUACCAUUGUGGCUGGGAUGACUGUAACCAUGCCCCCUUGGGACAUGGCAAUAGAAGAAGUCAACUGGCUAGAUGUCAACGUCUGUUUAGAUAUAAUGAUCUUGGUGAUGCUGGUCUGGGCCCCUGUCCCACCAGAUGUCUGGCUUGUCACAUAGGAUGAGAGGGUGGAUUUAACCACAAUAGACGAGGACAGGGAAGGGGGCUCUGUUGAGGCUGGAGGUGCUGGAGAGGCUGGCACAACAACUGUUGCAGCAGGAGAUGGGGGAGGAGUCUGCUGUGGUGUCACUGGAUCCAAUUCCACUGUCUCCACAGUAGUCUAGGAGGUUAGAGUAAGACCAAUAAGAUUUAUCAUAUACCCUCACUACCCACCAUAAGCAUCUGCUCAAAAAAAGGUAUAUAAAUCAAAGAGGUGAUUUCUUCUUCCAAACAAACUCUUGGAAGAAGUUGAACAGGUUUAGGCCCAAAGCUUUUCUGGCAACCUCAUGAACUAACUCAGGAAUAAAGCUCCCAUGGGUCUCUAGAAGGGAAUUAAUACCAGGUAUAUUAGAAAAACAUCUGCUUGAAAACAUCUCACAAAAGACAUCAGAACUAAUAAAGUCAUUUUGAGUAUGUCCAAGUGGGCUACCAGCUUAACUAUAUGGCCACCUCCUAAUUAUCUUACCUGACACACCUGAUUGGCUUUAUAAGCUGCCAGGGCCUUCAAAUAUUCCUUCUUGGCAGCUUCAGUUUUCCUUUUGUACACCUACAAGCAAAAAAGACAUGCCAAUUAGCAAGAAAUUAGGGAGGAAAUGGUCUUCACAAUAUUUUUUAUUUUCAAAGCACUUUUAUUUACAUUUUCCCCCCUGACUGAUGAAAACCUGAGAUGGUGAGGUUAACUGCAAAUAAUUGACCAAGCUGAGAAAUGAACUCAAGUUUUAGUCAAAGUAGGGCGAAUCUAUUAAUUAACCAUGUAACUUCCAAUUAUCAUUAAAUAUCCAUUUUACACAUAGGAGAAACUGAGGGAAAGGAAGGUUAAAUAACUGUCCCACUUACUUAGAGAACUAAGAUUUUUAUAGUAAACCAGGCAGAAUAAUACAACAGGUCUUUAUUAUAUAUUGCAUACUAUGUAAUAGGGAUUAGGUAGAACACCAUGGAAAGCAAUGGGGAGGAAAGAAAAAUUAAGGAGGAAGAGUCUGACAAAGGGGGGGUGUGGAUUUAUUGGUGAAGCUAUCCUUCCUUGGACUUCCAUCAAACUCUCUGCCUCUCCUCAGCAUGAGGCUUCCCCAUCUACAUAGCCUGGCCUUUCCCAGUAGUUAUGUUUUUUAGAAAUGGGAAAUUGAUUUCUGCUUUAUCUUCCAGGUGUCAUGCUCAGGGAACAAUCUGAUAAGUUCCUACAAACUGCUUGUUGGGAUGAUUUUUAAAAUGCAUAGCUAAAGAGAAAAGAAAUGGAUAAAAUAACUUAGGGGGGAUGGGAAGCAUAAAAGGAAAUUCACUAAUCAUUUCCACAACAUUCUAUUACCAGAUCAUUUUUAACUCCUGGAGAGAAACCAAGAGUGGAAGACGAGCUUUCUGGUGCUCACACAUGUAUAUAGGAAAACUGUGGGGGUGAAAAGUACGAUGAUUUAAAAAAAAAAAACAAAAAAAAACACUUUACCUUCUGUUUUAGAAUCAAUAUUGUGUAUUGCUUCCAAGGCAGAAGAGUGGUAAAAGCUAGGCUGAGUGGGGGUGGUAGGGUGUUAAGUGACUUGCCCAGGGUAACACAGCUAGAAGUACCUAAGGCCAAAUACCCUGACUUUUGAAAUAUAAGUUGUAGGUUCAAAUCCCAGCCCUACUCAUCAUCAGUAAUUACUAGAUCUGUGACCCUGGGUAAGUCAUUUAACUUUACUGAAUAUCAGUUUUCUCCUAUAUAAAAUGGUACAAUCAUGCACUGCCAACCCCACAGGGUCAUGAGGAUGAAAUAAGAACUUAAAUAAGCACUGUGUAAAGAGAAAUGCCAGUUGUUAUAAUAUGUUGUUGUGAAGUUCAAUAAAGAUUUUAGGUCAAGGAUAACAGUGAACUCAGUUAAUACUAAAAUAAAUGUUUGAGAUGGAUAUGGAAAA